GGUUCGUAAAGGGAUGUAACUCUUUUAAAAACAUAUGGGAGGCUACUCUCGAUUUCUUCUAUAGAACAACAACAACAUAAACAACAUUGAACGAGACGUUUUAAUCCAAAUAAAAUAAAUCCAAUGUUGUCAUUAAGUUUACGAGAGGUCCUUCACUUGAUAAAAACAGAGCAAAUUUCAGCAAGAGAUUUAUUGAAGAAAUGUAUUGAGAGGGCGACUUCUGUAAGGGAGUUGAAUGCCUACAUCACUGAAACCCAUGAAUUGGCCUGGAGCCAAGUUGGUCUGGCACCAGGAAAAUCAGAGUUGGCAGGAAUACCCAUAGCAGUCAAAGACAAUUUCUGUACACGAAACAUUCCGACAACAUGUGGGUCAAAGAUGCUAGAUAACUAUGUGCCACCUUACAAUGCCACAGUUGUAGACCGCCUGCUAACUAGUGGGGCUGUACUGAUGGGCAAAACCAACAUGGACGAAUAUGCAAUGGGGUGUGGCAGUAUAGACAGCAGAUAUGGGCCAGUCAGGAACCCGUGGAAGUACAAGUUUCAGUCUUCUGCCAGGUCUAGCGUGAUUAUACAGUCAAAGGAGGGGCCAACUUCAGGAGGGGACUGGUAUAUAGCAGGGGGAAGCUCAGGAGGCAGUGCUGUGGCUGUGGCUACAGGAACUUGCUUUGGUGCGUUGGGCUCGGACACAGGGGGAUCUACCAGGAACCCAGCUUCUUACUGUGGCAUUGUGGGUCUGAAGCCCACGUAUGGGUCCCUGUCACGAUACGGACUGAUACCCCUGGUGAACUCUCUUGAUGUACCUGGAAUACUGACAAAAACUGUUGACGAUGCUGCCCUGCUUUUGCGAAUUAUCGCUGGCAGAGAUGUUAAUGAUUCUACAACAGUGUCUGAAUCCCUACAUUUGACAGACUUGGAUGAUCAGCCAUCAGUGAAAGGCUUGCAUAUAGGCAUUCCAAAGGAAUACAAUGCCCCAGGGUUAUGUGGCGAGACUCGGAGGGCAUGGGAAGACGUAGCAAAUGCACUUGAGACUGCGGGAGCAUGCGUGUCGCUUGUAUCCCUGCCUCACACGCAGUACUCUAUCAACACCUACAGCAUUCUGUGUGCCUGUGAGGUCGCCUCAAACAUGGCCAGAUACGACGGCAUUGAGUUUGGUCACAGGGCAGAAGGGAACAACAUGUCCACUGAGAGCCUGUAUGCACAAAGCCGACAUGAGGGAUUUAACGAGGUGGUCCGAGGGAGGAUAUUUGCUGGCAAUUAUUUCUUACUUAGAAAGAACUAUAGACGAUACUUUCAACAGGCGCUAAAAGUGCGUAGACUGAUAAGUGACGACUUCACCAAGGUGUAUGGGGAUGGUGUUGAUGUUCUGUUAACUCCCACCACUCUGUCGGUUGCUCUUCCAUAUUCCAAGUUCUCUAUGGCUGAUAAUCGUACAAGGACAGCUGAACAGGAUUAUUUCACGCAACCUAUAAACAUGGCUGGUCUGCCAGCAGUGAGUAUACCCGUGAGGCUGUCAGAAAGUGGUCUGCCAAUCAGCCUGCAGGUCGUAGGUCAAAGGUUCAAGGACAGGGUCAUGCUGAACACGGCCAAGUGGAUAGAGAUGAAUACGAACUUUCAGAAAUUAAAUCUAGAUUAUUUGGAUAGUUAAAAUAUUUUAUAAAUACAUACAUGAUUUUAUAGAAUUAAAACUUUGUUUAAUUUGA